UCUCAGUGGUCACUCUGGUCAUGGCUGAGUCUGAGAGCAGCAGGGUGGUGAAGUGGGGUCCACUCUCAGGACAGUAAGGCCAAGCAGAACAACCUCUGUCCAGCAAACAACCCUGUUGACCAGCACCCUCAGCUCCAGCCUCCUAAACUGACCUCCAGAGUUCCAGACAUGGAUUCAAAGUCCAAGAGCUUCAGGAUCGAUGCCCUGCUGGCUGACGAGGCUCACCGGACCCACCGAGCCCACCGAGGUCACCGGGCUCCAUCUCCAUGCCCCAGCGCUGACAGUCCUGUGGGCAGCCCGGUGUCCUGCCCGUCUCCCCGUGCUAUCCACUUGCAGCCUGGGGUUGUCCCCAAGCCGGGCCUACUGGGCCUGACCCACCCGGCCCUCUCGUCUCUGCCCCAGGGGUCUGUCCCGGCCGUCUACCCCCCACAUCUGUACCCUGUUUCAGUUUUAGGGACCCAGUGCUCACCCUUGGGGUACACCACUUUCGCCCACCCGGAGCAGCUGAAGGCAGCGGCGGCACUGGAGGGAUGGAUCAGGGCUGGAGUCAUGCUCCCACGCCUGCCUGACUACACCGCUGCUCCUCAGUCAGGGCUGAUGGGUAAAUGUCGGCGGCCACGCACGGCCUUCACCAGCCAGCAGCUGCUUGAACUGGAGAACCAGUUUAAACUCAACAAGUACCUGUCCCGACCCAAACGCUUCGAAGUGGCCACCUCCCUGAUGCUGACUGAGACACAGGUGAAGAUCUGGUUCCAGAACCGCAGGAUGAAGUGGAAGCGCAGCCGAAAGGCCAAGGAGCAAGCCGCCCAGGUAGAGGCUGAGCGCCAGCGGGCUGGAGGCAAAAAGGCCAAAGAGAACUCAGCUGGGGAGGUCCAGGGAGCGGUGCCUCAGGAAUGUGAGGGACUCAGGGAAGUAGAAGAUGUGGACGAGGAAGAGGAGGAGGAGGAGGAAGAUGAGGUGGAACAGCAGGAGUUCAUGAGCAGUUCGGAUUUUCUCCAGCACGACUCAGAGGUGGGAUAUCACAAUCAUAGCCAGUACUCCGAUGAUGACAUGGAGGAGAUGGGGGCGGGGGACAGGAAGAUUGGGGCAGGGUUUUGAGAAGACACCUCUCCUUCACCUCACUUCCAGCAACUGACUGGUCAACAUCAAUGGACUCUGUGACAUAAUAGAGCUACUUCUGGACACCAAGGUGUGAAAAUUGGUGGGAAUACUUUACCCAAAAGUGCAAGCCAGGGGGCGCAACUUAUAUGAUGCUAACUGACCACUGCUAGCUGUCAUCCGUCAUUAGCUUUUUUGGGUACAGCUUUCAUUUUAGGAUCAUAGAUCAGGACAAACUGUCCAAAAUCUCCAAAAUAGAUCCCAUAGAACCUGGCCUGCACUACAGUGGCCUGCAGUUGGUAAACUCCUUUAAUUAUGGAACUGUUAAGGACAGUACAGGUCCAGUCCUGGAGGGCCAGUGCACUUUUCACUGAUCUAACACACUUGAUUCCACUCAUCAGUGCAUUACUAAGAAAUUUGGGAACUGAUUUUAGUUUUUUGCAGCAGGAAUGUGAGUUGGACACCCCAAAUAUAACCGGUUAGUGUCCAGUCACACAUGCAUGCACACUGCAUAGACACACCAACAGGGGGUUUCCCAACAAAGAUGGCCAAGUCAGUAUCGUUAACCCUCUCUAUAGCAGGUAAGAUGAUCUUCUAAUCACAACGAGAAGCUCAGACCUGGCAGAUCUCGUGAAAGGACAAAGACGUGGACUGUUGUAACAGACAAAUGAGUUUAAAAUGAAGUGACAAAUCACACUGUUACAUUCAGCAACUGUAAAAGCAGCUGGGAUUCACUGGCCAAAGCUUUAGCACUUGGUGCUGAGGGUGGACAGAUCAUCUCAGACUGAAACCAUGUAAAAUACUGAAUAUUUUCAGUGUAAAUACUCCUGGUUGUUUCUGCUGUAUGUACAGUUCUGAUGGCAUGACAGGGGUUUUCUGGAUUAGACUAAAUGUGGUAGUUGCAGCUGUCAGUUUAUGAAGCCUUCAUAAACAGUACAUGGUAGAUUUAGGUUUACAUAUAGCACACAUGCUUAAAAAAGAGGGUUCUUCAAGGGUUCUUUAGUAAAGACAAUGGUAUAGCACCAGAAAAGGUUCUGCUCACCAUCCAUCUAAGCCUGCAAAUAGUCCUUUGAGUGUUCAAUGUUCUGUAUAGAACCAUUGUCUUUACUAAAGAACCCUUGAAAAGCACCGCAAAGGGUUCUGCUACUGAUACAAUGUCAGGUUUGU